AUGUCUGCGCCCUACAUCGGCCAGCGUAGAUCGUACGACGGCGCGCUCUGCACUGUGAGAUACAUUGGCGACGUCGCGGGCACGUCCGGCUCAUGGCUCGGCGUCGAGUGGGACGACCCGUCGCGGGGUAAACACGAUGGCCAACACAAGGGCGUGCGCUACUUCUCCUGUAAAUCCAAAUCCCCGACCGCGGCGUCAUUUGUGCGCCCGACGCGCCCAGCCGAUGCCCCGCAGUCCUUCCUGGCCGCGCUCCACAAAAAGUACGUCUCGGACCCCGACAAGGACAAGGAGCCGCCGCGUCAGGUCUAUUUCAACUCCAAGGUUGCCGAGGAGGUUGGCUUUGAUAAGGUCCGUCGGAAGCAGGCUAAGCUGGAUGAGCUGAAGUAUGUCAUCCUGGAUGGGCUACGCGUUGCGAGGGCGUAUGAGGAGGGGGCCGAGGAGAGGCCGAUUGGGGAGGUGUGUCCUGAGAUUAGGGAGCUGGAUUUGAGUAGGAAUUUGUUUGAGCGGUUUGGGCCGGUUGUUGAGAUUUGUCGGGAGCUGAAGCACUUGAAGAGCUUGAGGAUCAAUGGGAAUCGCUUCCAGAAUGUCCAGGAGGAUGAGAAGCUCCAUGAGUCAGAUGGAGCCUUUAACGGCGUCACAGAGCUGGCUCUGGAGGACACUCUCCUCGACUGGCAGGAGAUUUGCCACAUCGCGGCCAAGUACCCGGCCCUCACGACACUCCAUGCCGGGUUGAACCAGUUCUCAACCCUCACCUCGAUCCCAGAAGUCCCUUUCACAUCAACCCUUGUCUCUAUCCAUCUUGAGUUCAACGAGUUCUCUUCCCUCUUCGACCUUGCGCCGCUGACCUCCAUCGCAAGCCUGCGCAACCUCCUCCUCAAAGGCAACAAAAUCGACACCAUCGCCCCUCCUUUCUCCUCACCCCCUGUCUUUAGCCAAACCUUGCAACACCUCGACAUCUCCUACAACCGCGUCUCCUCUUGGUCCUUCGUCGACGCACUCAACACAGUCUUCCCGGGCCUGACCUCCCUCCGCUUCACGCACAACCCUAUCUACGACGAUCCCGACCUCGACACACAGGAAUCAUACCCCUCAACAGCAUCCAGCACCACAGCCAAAGGAAAGGGCAUCGCCAAAUCCGACGAAGCAUUUAUGCUAACCAUCGCGCGCCUUGCAUCCCUCAAAACGUUGAACUUCAGUCCCAUCACUGCGAACGACCGUUCCGAUGCGGAAAUGUUCUACCUGUCCCGUAUCGCGAGGCAGUUAUCGUCUGUUCCGGAGGCGGCUGAGAAGGAGGUGCUUGCGCGACAUCGUCGUUGGGCUGAGUUGUGUGAGGUCUAUGGUGAACCUGCUGUUGUCAGGCAAACGGAGCUGAACCCGAAUUUUUUGGAGGCUAGGCUUAUCAAGGCUGAGCUCAUUCCUGCGUGGGAGGGGUCACCGGAGAAGAAGUGUGUGCAGAUACCGAAGGCGUUUGAUAUCUAUGCUGUGAAGGGGAUUGUGGGGAGGUUGUUUGGGUUACCCCCGUUGGGGCUGAAGUUGGUGUGGGAGACGGGAGAGUGGGAUCCUGCUGCGGGGUUUGAAGAGGAUGAGGCUGGGGAAGGGGAGGAAGAUUUGGAGGCUGAGUGGGAGAGGAAAGUGGAUGAAGGAGUUGUCGUGGGGGAAGGAUUGGAGGGUAAGAAGGGGAGAUGGGUGAAGAGAGAGGUUGAGUUAAAGGACGGGCCGAGGCAGUUUGGAUAUUGUGUGGAUGGGUUGGAGGUGAGGAUACGGGUUGAGAAGCGGUAG